GGUCGAAGAAUCUGCUCUUUAAAUAUCCAGGGUCAAACAACCUGACGGUUUCCUGAGCUGUCAGGUUUCAAUCAGAACUCACGCAGUUUUGUUGUCGCUAUUGAGGAGCCCAGGUACCUUAGACGUACCUUGAACCCCGCAGUCCCGACUUACACGCCAGACACAAGCUCAACACUCUUUGCCCACCACAAGCAGAAGUGCUUGCGUGGACCUCUACUUGGCAGGCACGCCGAUUUAUCUCCCCGUGAACGAACCGCAUCGACUUCAGGCACAUUCAGCACAUUCACUCAAAUACCUUCGCUGGGUAUUCGGUAACCUUGAGGUCCUUCAAUCUCAUCUCUUCAACCUUAUUCCAAUCCAUCUCAAACUCUACUACAAUGGCUGCUGUUGCUCGGACUGCCCGCUUGGCUUCGCGCCUUGCCACCACCCCUCUUCAGACCGUCGCCCGGCCGGCGGUCUUUGUGGGCGCCCAGCGUGCCGCCUUCUCUGUGUCGGCGAAGAGGACGAAGUCCGAGGUCAUCAAGGAGACCGAGAUCCCCGUCUCGGUGUACAACCCGGAUGCCAAGGGUGUCGCCUCCUCUAGCUCGGUCGACCACUUCAAGAUUCCAGUCCAGCCCGUCACUUCGGGCAAGCCCACCCCCGACGAGGACGCGGUCCAGCCGCUGCAGAACAACGUGUACGGCCAAAUGCCCCGCACCCUCCAGAGGAUGACUGUCAAGGACAAGGUCAUCAUUAUCACUGGUGGCGCCCGUGGCCUUGGGAACCACAUGGCUCGUGCCUGCGCCGAGGCCGGUGCAAAGGCUAUCGCCAUUUUCGACGCCAACCAGGACCUUGGCGACGAGGCGGCAGCUGAGCUGCACCAGAAGACGGGCCUCCCCGUCUCGUUCUUCAAGGUUGACGUUCGCGAUGGCAACGCCAUCAAUGCCGCCGUGCAGAACGUGGUGGAUCUCUACGGCACCCCCGACGUGCUGGUCAACUCGGCCGGUAUUGCCGACUCCAACAUCCCCGCCGAGACCUAUGACCCGGCCAUGUUCCGUCGCCUCAUCGACAUCAACCUCAACGGCUCUUUCCUCAUGGCGCAGGCCGUCGGCAAGGCCAUGAUGGCCGCCGGAAAGCCCGGCUCCAUCAUUCUCGUCGCCUCCAUGUCGGGUAGCAUCGUGAACUACCCCCAGGAGCAGUCGUGCUACAACGCUUCCAAGGCCGGUGUUAUCCAGCUCGGCAAGUCGCUCGCUGCCGAGUGGGCCAAGUACAACAUCCGUGUCAACUGCAUCUCCCCCGGCUACAUGGACACCGCCCUGAACAAGGUCCCCGCGCUCGAUGCGCAGAAGAAGAUCUGGAAGUCGCGCACCCCUCAGGACCGCCUCGGCGCUGUUGACGACCUCAACGGCCUGUGCGUAUUCCUUGCGUCUGAUGCCUCUGGCUUCAUGACCGGCUCGAACGUCAUCAUUGACGGUGGCUACACGCUCUACUAAGCGGGCAUUUCCGGGACACAUGGGAUUCAUUGGCUUGGCGGGAUACCCCUAUAGACGGCUUACUGGGUUUUUAUGGUUUCAGACAUGGUGUCUUUUCGGCAACAACGAUCUCAACGAAUGGAUUGCAGAAGGGUAAUCAUGAGUGCAGGGCUUUCGAGCUUGGGUUUUGCAACGGCGGCUUUGGAGGGUCGGUUUUCAUUUUUUCGCAUCUCUAGUCGUUUCUCUAGCAUGUUUGCCUGCUUUGGUCUUCAGGGUCGGCGCACAACAGAUA